UACCCUGUUGUUGGAUCCUCCAAACUGAAAAUUUUAAUUAGUGGGUCAUCUUUUGCAUUCUCUCUAGAAUUACAAGUGAAAUUGCUUUGCACCAUUUGGAUAUAUAUAUAGUUAUAUUGCAACAAGUAACAACUCAUUUCUCUUCUCUCUCCAUUGUAAGUUCACAUGCUUCCUCAGAGAGUUCUUUUGACUCUCUUCUUCUGAACACAUGCACUUACUUCACCCAUAACAUGAAUAACAUUCAUGGUUAUGGAGAAGACAGCAAUUCUGGCUGUUAUUUUCAUCCCAAAGAGGUUUUUGUUGGGGUUUGUCCACUUUGCUUGAAUGAAAAGCUUCUUGUUUUGGCUGCAAAGCAAGGCCAACAUUCUUCUUCUUCUUCAGCUAGAACAAGUCAUCAUCAUAAUUCCAGUAAUAGUAAAAUUAAUGUUUCAGACAACAAGAAGCUUCCCAUUCAUCUUCCCAAAAUCUUUACUUUAGGAACUCUUCUCAAUCGCUUUGAAUUUCGCCACUGGAAAUCUGAUGUUUCUGAUGACCAUGAAGGAUGUAGCAGCAGUCAAGAAGACUCAUUCAUCUCUAUAAAAUUUGAAGACAAUGGGGUGGCCUCAUGGGAGAAGGCAAAUCCAGUCUCAAGUAAGGUGACCCUUGAACAUUGUGGCAUGUACUUGAAUAACCAAAACAUGAACACCAAAGAAUUUGUUGGUAAUAACAAGGAGAACAAGAGUAUGAUAGAGCAUGCAAAGGCUACACAUGGCUCGUCGCUGAGGUGGCGAAGGCGGAUUGGACAUUUACUGCAGCUAGUCAGGUGGAAGAGGUCAAACAAGGGCAAUGUGUGUCAUGUGGAUCAUGGAGUCAAGGUGAGGAAAGGGUGGAUAAGAAGCCUGACAAAGAGAGGAGGACCAAAGAAUAAAGCAGCAGCAGGGAUUGUAUAGAGAAAGAGACAAUAGUCUUUUUCCUCCAUAAGCUGAAAAUUCUUACCUUUAUUGAGACUGGAAGAGUCAAAAUAGCUUUAUAGAAAGUGCUUUUUUCUUUGCUUUUAAUUAAAAUAUAUGAUGGGAUCCUUGUAUUUUUCUGUUUCAUUUUUAUUGUAUAAACAGAAUGGGCUGUAGAGGAACUAUUACAAUAGUGUUUGUGGCCUUCAAAA